AUGGAUAAAGUCGCCGAGGACCAACUUAACUGGCUAGGCCAGAAUCCGCUCGUUUCGCUUUUAAAUGAUGGUGUUUCUUCGCUCUCUGCUAAACGGGACGCUCUCGAAUUACCUAAUCCCGGGACAUUCGAGAAUGUUUCGUCUGAGCUUACCAAGGGUGUCUUCUUGACCAACCUACAGUUUACCGGAUUAAGAGCAGAUACUGCGAAGAUAUUCGGCAUUGCUCCGCUAUUCCAGGUUUCACAUUCGUUUUCCAUGGGUGCUGGUGGGCCAGGAUCUUUACCACCAUACAACCUCUCUGCUCUCUUCGGAACAAACAAGACUUUCUUCCAAGCAAACCUUGACAAUGAAGGCCAACUUUCUGCCCGAUUCAAUUACAGAUGGUCACCAAAGUCGGUCACGCGAUCGAACGUUCAAGUAGCGCCCGGAUCCUCGCAGGCCAUGUUGCAGCUCGACCAAGACUAUAUCGGAAAGGAUUUCUCGGCUUCCAUCAAAGCUUUCAACCCUAGCGUCCUAGAUGGGGGGCUCACUGGAAUCGUUAUUGGUCAAUACCUUCAAUCCGUCACGAAAUCCCUCUCUCUUGGUCUAGAAACUGUCUGGCAGCGACAAUCGAUGGCUGCAUCUCCUGAGGCUCUGGUUUCAUAUGUUGCCCGAUACCAAGGCUCGGGAUGGGUUGCUAGUGCUGGUCUGCAGGCUGCCGGCGCUCUCCAGAUGACCUACUGGAGAAAGUUGGCGGAGAGGGUUGAGGCUGGUGUCGAGAGCGUCCUUAAGGUCGCUCCGGUUAGGCCCGGUGUAUUUGCAGGAGAGGGGAUUACCACAAUUGGCGCCAAGUACGAUUUCAGACAAUCUAGUUUGAGAGCACAGGUCGACACAAGCGGUAAAUUGGGGGUCCAUCUAGAACGAAGAGUCGCACCCAUGGUCACAUUAGCGUUUUCCGGAGAGAUGGAUCACUAUAAGAGUACUGCCAAGGUCGGGUUAUCGGUAUCAAUCGAGAAUGCUUCAGAGGAAGUUAUGGAACAACAGCAGAACGCUCCUUCGAUAUCGAUUCCGUUCUAG